AAUUCACCAGACUGACCUAAUCGUGGUUGGUCAAUUGAGGGCGCUACAGCUUCCUGCCAUUAAUUAACUUGUUCUUCAUAAUAAUGCGCUAUCUAGUAUCUUUCUCAUUAGUUUAAACAGUCAUAACUUCCCUUUUGUUCUAUGAAAUCGUCGAUGCUCAAUGUUUGAGGAAUAGUUCGGUGGGUUACUUUGAAAAUCGCAGUUGUUAAGUUAAUGAUAAGAUCUGGCCCCACAAGCUCUCACCAUGAAAUAAUCUUGAAGAGAAAGAUAAGAUGGAAGUCCACAACGUUGAGGAUCCCCCAUGUGUCAUCUUAGAGGAUGAUGAAGACCCUUGUCAUCUCAGCCCUAAAUCAGAACCUCGGAGUCCAGCCUUAGGGAGGAUGGAUCAAGAAGAUAAGUCCAACAAGGAGAGCAGGGUUGAAGAGCCUCCAUUGAGCCUUGUGGGUGAAUCGGCUCGGUUUCACUGCUCAGAUUGUGACUUCAGAUCAGACAGCUCUCAUCAGCUUGAGAAGCAUGUCAGAACACACACUGGUGAGCGUCCAUACUGUUGUUCUAUCUGCGGCUUUGCCUUUUCACAAAAAGGCAACCUUACUCGUCAUUUCCGCACCCAUUCUGACGAGCGUCCAUAUCGUUGCCCCAUCUGCCACUACAGCGGCCGAAGGAAGGACGCCCUCAUUGCUCACCUGGAAACACACAGACAGGAACGUCUGAACAUCUGCCCGUACUGCGGCACAGCGUACAAACAGAAAGCAUCAUUGAAGUAUCACAUGAAGAGGUGUAGUUAUCAGAAGAUGGGUACUCACCCAAUGGAAGGUCAUGGAUCAUCUUCAUCAGAUCCUUUCUCUUUAUAUGAAGGGAUGCGAGGUGAGCAUGGCGGUGGGUUGACCUUCUCAGAUAGUUUGAGGUCACUCUCUGAUGCAGAGGUGGAGGUCAUUGAGAAAGAGCAUUGCAAGAAGAGAAAGCUAAACCCAGAUGAAGAUUCUUCACAUGAUUCUAGCCAAGACAGAGCAAGUGGACUGACUGAUACAGCCAGCAAUGAGGACUUGGAGAAGGCGAUAUCUAACGUCAUGCAGAUGUACGGUCAGGAGAUCUGCUUGAGUAGCCGAGCCGGUCCGAGUCUCGACGGAGGCAUUCACGUAACACCAACCAUUACCUCCGUAUAUUCCCAAGCUCCAUUAGAUUCAGACAGGGACAUACAGAACAGCCAGACACUCCCCCAGAACCAACCCCCACCCAUGAGUCAGAUCUCCCCCUCCUCAAACAAACAAAGCGACCAUCAGUCGGCCAGGUUUAGGGGUUCUAUCGACCUCAACAAAACAAGAGACUUUAUGAGUAAGAACUUGCUUGUGACUCAUAACUCAGCUGGAGGUCCUCAGGUUGUAGCAUCACUGGAUUGCCAUGAGAUUGAGAGCGAGACGAGUGAGUCGAACGAUAGCGUGAGUCACCAUGAUGACUCGGUCGGGUCCUCCUCGGUACACGGUCACUCAAGACAGAAACCUCACAGCUCAACCCGGCUGAGUAAAACCCAGGAUAAGGCAGACUCAACCGAGAGGAAAUCUCCUGCCUUUGACUCGCCCCAGCAUCGGAGUUCCAGACGAUCUCUUGCUGAGGAUGAAUCCGACCGACUCUGUGCCAACUGCAAACGAGACGUCUCCGGAACGGAUAAUUUCAAAUGUGAACACUGUGAGAUCAUUUUCCUGGAUCACGUCAUGUACACUAUUCAUAUGGGUUGCCAUGGUUUCCGAGAUGCGCUUGAGUGCAAUAUUUGCGGACACCAGUGUAAGGAUCGUUAUGAGUUUGCCUCGCAUCUUGCAAGAGGUAAACACUUGUAGAGUGGAUGAGAGACUUUAAAACCGUAGUGCUAUUUAUCUUUUUAAUGCAUUUUUUCAGAUGCACAUACUUAUAUCUUGCAGAUAUAUUUUACAGGCAUGUUUUUGAUAUAAGACUUUAUUGAGAUUAUCCAGAUGAUGUAUACCAGGAGAAAUCACUAGAUGGGUUGACAUCAACAGUUGGGUUGACAUCAACAGUUGGGUUGACAUCAACGGUUGGGUUGACAUCAACAGUUGGGUUGACAUCAACAGUUGGGUUGACAUCAACAGUUGGGUUGACAUCAACGGUUGGGUUGACAUCAACAGUUGGGUUGACAUCAACGGUUGGGUUGACAUCCGCAAC